AAAAGGGGCUGCCGGCGCCUCAGAAGGCGCAGAAGCGUGUGAAGGAGGCUGCCGAGAGUGUUGCCGGCAUGGCGUCCGAAGCUGCCGAGAGGAAGGAGGCCGAGACGUUACGUUCUCCGAGCAGCAAUACCCGCCGCCUCCGCCUCCCAGGCUCGUUCCGUCGUGAAGCGGCCUUCCUCCGGAAGCUGCGCCUUGAAGCACGGGCCCAACCGGAAGCGGAAGGAGGAGCGAACCGGAAGUGCGGCCUAGAGAGCGGCAAGGGAGCCUUACCGGAAGCGCUGAGGGAGAUCCGGGCGGAGUACGAAGGGCUGGCGGCGCGGAACCGGGCGGCGGCGGAGGAGUGGCGCCGGUCGGCCUUCGCCUCGGAGGCCCAGAGCGCGGCCAGGAGCCGGGAGGCCCUGCGAGGGGUGCGGAGGGAGACCCUCCACUACCGGGCCAAGCGACAGGCCCGCGCCGGGGAAGCCGAGGGGCUCCGCAGGCACAUCCGGGCGCUCCAGGCCCGCCUCAGGGAGCUCCACGCCCGGCAGGGAGCACAGCUGGGCCGCAAGCAGGAGAAAGUGGCUGAACUGGAAGAAGAGAUCUCUGAAGCUAAGGAGGAGAUGGGCCGAUACCUGCAGGAGUACCAGGAGCUGCUGAAGGUCAAGAUGGCACUGGACGUGGAGAUCGCAGCCUAUAGGAAGCUUCUGGAGGGAGAGGAGAUGUGGUGGAGCGCUGCGGCUUGGCCAGAUGCAACCAAGUGACCCUCCUGAUGUCUCCCGCCCCCUUGCCUGGUUCAUCUCCAUUGGCAUCUCCCCCUCCCCUUUCCCCCUUCAAGAUGCUCAGGGUCUCCCCUUUCUUGGCAGGUGGAUGGUGCCCCAGUGGCCGGGGAACUGGGAGCUUCCUGUGCGUCAGAGAUAAUGGCACGCGAAGGAAAGGGGUGUGCGCAAGGGCCCCUCUCUCUCUCUCCAUCAGGCUUUGGGCAGGUGGGCCACCUGUCGAUCCUUGAGGUUGUGCGCGGAGUGGAUCACCAUUCAUCUCUUGGUCCUAGGUGUCUCUCUCUCUCCAUGAUCUUGGGUGGCGCUAUUUAAAUAGUAUAAGAUAGCAUUUAAAUAGUAAGCAUUUAGUAAGAAAGAGGUGGCUCAGUAGAGACUGUGUUGUCAAAGGCUUUCAUGGCAGGAAUCACUGGGUUGCAGUGAGUUUUCCACGCAAUCUGGCCAUGUUCCAGAAGCAUUCUGUCCUGACAUUUUGCCCACAUGCAUGGCAGGCAUCCUCAGAGAUUGUGAGGUUUGUUGGAAGUGAGUCUACUGGGCUGUCUGGCCAUGUUCUAGAAGCAUUCUCUCCUGACGUUUUGCCCACAUGCAUGGCAGGCAUCCUCAGAGAUUUUGAGGUUUGUUGGAAACUAGGCAAGUGAGGUUUAUAUAUCUGUGGGAUAAUGUCCAUGGUGAGAGAAAGAACGCUGGUCUGCUGGAGCGAAGUGUGAACGUUGCAAAUGGUCAC